UCGCAGUUGAGGUGCAUUUUUGGGCGUUGUCACCAGCAUACUUCUUCCUUCCCAGCCAGAGACAGAACGAUGUUGAAGCAAGCGACAGUCCUACCUUUUCUUGUUCUCCUUGUCGUCACGCCUCUGGCAAAAGGUGCGACAUGGGGCUACAGCGGAAACAAUGGGCCUGCGAACUGGGCUACAGUGGUGGCCAACACCUCUUGUGGCGCCAACUCCCAGUCUCCCAUCAACAUAGUCUCGGCAUCAGCCACGCAGGAAACCUUCAGCGCCUUCUCCUUCACAGGGUACGAUGCAGUCCCUAGUGACGUCAACAUGACCAUGAGCAAUAAUGGACACUCAGUUGUGGUUUCGCUGACCCCUGCCUCUACCGCCAUCUCGGUGUCGGGAGGCGGCCUGACCGGCUCGUACAUCGCCGCACAGUUCCACUUCCACUGGGGCAGCCAGGCCGACCUCACCGUCGGCUCCGAACACACCCUGGACGGGAACUCCUAUCCCGGAGAGCUUCACAUCGUCCACUACUCGAGUGCUUACGGCUCUCUCGGUGAUGCACUCGCUUCUGGUUCCGACACUGCUCUGGCCGUCCUGGGGUUCUUCUUGGAGUCCUCCUCCAGUGACAAUGCUGCACUUGCACCGAUCAUCAGCAACAUCCAGAAUGUGAACGAUUCAGGUGACUCGUACCAGUUCACUACGGAAUUUUCGCUGGACUCCAUUCUGCCCUCGAGUAAGACCAACUUCUUCCGCUACAGUGGCAGCCUGACCACCCCUACCUGUGACGAGGUAGUGGUUUGGACCGUCUUCCAGGAAACCAUCAAAAUCUCCCAAAGUCAGCUGAACACCCUUGUCGCCGGCGCCUAUUUCACCGCGGAGUCUGGCCAGGCCGCGGCAGUGAUGGAAAACAACUACCGCCCAGUUCUGGCACUCAACGGGCGGACCGUAUCCAGCUCUUUUGACGCCUCCGCCUCCUUGCGGAUCCUGCCGGCAUGGCAACUCCUUGUCGCUGCCCUCACUUUUGCUGUGGCCGCUGCUCUCAAGGCGUAAUGUUUCAGCACGUUCUCAGUGGUUAAAAGCUAUAAUCAAGAAUUCAAUGAAAUAACUGUGUGGCUUGCUUGAUUCGUUCUACUGCACUAGUACUUGCCCUACUGUGACAUGUUUGUACUUCUUACCCAGGGAUGUUCACAAUAUUUUAGCAGUUAUGAUUUUAAGAGAUACAAAUAUAUACUAGCUUUUUAGUAUGGCAUGCCUUAAUCAUUUUUCUGGAAUUGUGUGGUAUAGAAUUCUAAAUCAUGUUUUGAAAUGUUUGAAUACCGAGUUGGGUCUACUAUAAGAAUGUAUACCACUUACAUUUAAGUUUGUGUUGUGACCUUUAAGAAAUACACUAUGCUGAGUUCACAUCUUAUGUGAAAUUGCUUUACAUUCUCGUUUACGUUUUCAAAUAGAUUGGUGCUUGUUUAAAAAUCACUUCAACUUGGAAGUCAGCACAUUCCAUCUUAAGCAAAUUGGUUCAUGUAAUUCCUCUUGUUGUCAAAGUAUGGAACAUAUUUAUCUUGUGCCUCACCUAUUAAAAAACAUCUCAGGUCA